CUAGCUUCAGUGGUCAUUUUCCAAUUUACCGAGUCCAUCUUCCCAGUGUGUGCCAUGAAGUUCACGCUACUCUCAGCUGCCGCAGCCGUCAUAUUUGCCUCCACGCAACAUGACGGGAAGCGGCUAAUUCGGCUCGCCGACGACCGCGCCGAAUGGAUGACUGACGACCAAGUGGCUGAUCUUGCCCUUCGUGAUAUCGGGUUUUUGGAUGACACUGACGGGGACUGGCAGCACGUGUUUGACCUGGGGGCGGCCCGACAGGCCCAGGAAAUUCACGUCCAAGGGAUCUCCCCGUAUCCGUCGGUGGCCACGUACCCCCAGCUCGUGCGGGCGCUUAACGCCAAGAUUCAAACCAGUGACUUGAAGUUGUCGUUAGAAAGCUUUGUGAACCAGUUCAAGAACCGCAUUUACAACACGACCGAAGGCAAGCAGUCUUGCGGUUGGAUCUACGACCAAGUGGUCAAGGCGGUGGCAACCACCGGCAACUCGAACGUCAACGUAACGGUGCGAAAGUUCAACCACGCGUGGGGCCAGUACUCUGUGAUCGCCCGCGUCGAGCCUACAGCCGUAACCCCCAAAAAUGACAUUGUCAUUGUGAGUGCGCAUCAAGACUCGAUCAACUGGAAAGACUGGAAGGACCCUGUGAAACGCGACAUUGCACCGGGGGCAGACGACGAUGGGUCGGGCACCGUGACCAUCUUGGAAUCGCUCAAGUACUUGCUGGCGACCCCCGAGUGGACCCCCGUCCGACCUGUGGAAUUCCACUGGUACUCUGCCGAAGAAUGGGGCUUGCUCGGGUCCAAGGAAGUCGCCACGGAGUACGCUACGGCCAACAAACCCGUGUACGCGCAAAUGCAGCAGGACAUGACGGGGUGGGUACGCCCCGGCACGACGCCCGUCGUGAGUUUGAUCACGGACUUCACCAACAAGGACCUCAACACGUUCUUGGAGACGCUGAUCAAGUCGUAUUUGGACAUCCCCGUGUCCCACUCAACGUGUGGCUACGGCUGCUCGGACCAUUUCUCGUGGAACAAGACGGGGUACCCCGGGUCGAUGCCGUUUGAAACCGACUCCAAGGACUUGAACAAGAACAUCCACACCUCGAACGACACGCUUGAGACCAUCGACUACAACCACAUGGCCGAAUUCACCAAGCUUGCCAACGCGUACAUUGUCGAACUGACCCAGGAAAGUGCCACGUCAUGUUAAUCUCUGUAACGGUCAGCCGUUUCAUUUUGUGUGC